AGUCGAGGAAUUCUUAGACGUUCAGAACGACGCUGAGCGUCGAGUACAGCACAUUGUUAUUCGUUUUUGAAAUAAUAUUAAGAAAUUAAGAUGCGUUGUUGGAAAACUAAAGAAAAUAAAGAGGAAAGUGAGGAAAAGAAAAUUGAUGAAAUUAAAAUGAUUAAGGAUGACGAUGAAAAAAUUAAUACCAUACAAGGAAUUUUCGAAGACAGUGUUGUUUUAGAAGAUGCAAAUGAACGAGCAAUUUUUGUAACAAAAUCUCCACUUUUUUGUUGCGUUUCUCACAUAACGGAUCACCUGUUAUUAUCAUCGGCUACAGCAGCUGAUCCAUCAGCGCUGGAGUAUUUCAAAAUAACCUGCGUGAUGAACGCUGCUGCUGAAUUACCGGAUACCCCGAUGAGAAAUCCAUCAACGAAAUACUUUAAAAUAUCAAUAUACGAUAAUACAACAGCAGAUAUUCUUUCACACUUGGAUUAUACAUCGGAUACAAUACACAAGGAAUCCGUAAAUAAUGGGCGAGUUUUGGUUCAUUGCGUUGCAGGAAUAAGUCGCUCAGCAACAAUAUGCAUAGCUUAUUUAAUGAAAUAUCAAAAUAAAAAUCUUUUGGAAGCUUAUAAACUUGUUAAAGCACGUAGGCCGAUUAUAAAACCAAAUUGCGGCUUUUUUCGCCAACUUAUUGCUUAUGAAAAAUCACUUUUUGGUACAAAUACUGUUAAAAUGGUUUAUAAUGAUACAGUUAAAAUGGAAAUUCCCGAUGUUUAUAAUGAUGAUUAUAAAAAUAUUUUGCACUUUAGAAGAAAACGAACGAAUGAUAUGGUUCGAAGACAUUAAAUUAAAAAUUUAAUUAUUCUUACAAAUAUUUAUUGUGUUAAAAAGUUUUUAAGGCCAUUAUCAAAAGGUUUUUCUUGAAAGCUUUAUUUUUAAGAUGUAAAAUGGGACCAAUUUGAUUUAAGUUAUUUUGUUGUUAAUAAUUUGU